AUGGACAGGGAAAGUCGUUCUAGAGAUGAUAGCAAAGGUAGACAGGCUCCUUUGUACAGGGAAUCUCUAUAUCGAAGUUCAUCUUCAGUAAGCAGCUAAUUUAAAGUCUCAUCAGGCCCUAUGUUAUUCAAAGGUACUGAGAAUUCAAGUGUGAUGAAAAAUGCUCAACCUUAAUUUGAAGAGGAUGCAGAUGGAUUUAAGAAGCCACCUGCUCGUUCAGAGAAGUUGGAAGAGGAAAGGAAACGCAAUAAAUUACUUAAUGAAUACACAGCAUUUGAAUGGGAAAACAUAGAAUAGGAAUCAGAUAGGAAAUGGUACGAUUAUGAUGAAGAUGAUAUUGGUAAUGCUUCUUAAUAAGAUUGGGGAGGUGAAGUUUUUAAAGGUUAGAAAGAGGAAUUUAAAUUUGAGGAAUAUAGUAAACGUAAAGGUUAAACUGUGAGACAAUCAGAAAAGAAUUAAGAAUAAAAUAGAUGGGAACUCAAUCGUAUGAUUGCAUCAGAUGUUUUCAAGAGAAAAGCAGAUGCUUAUGAUUUUUAUGAAGAAGAGAAUGAAAAAAGAGUUGUCAUACAUGUACAUGAUAUCAAACCUCCUUUUUUGGAUGGCAAAGUGGUCUAUACAACUUAAUUGACAUAAGUCUAAAUUGUCAAGGAUCCUAAUUCAGAUAUGGCUAAGCUGGCAAAGCAGGGAUCUGAAGUCUUAAUGUUGAUGAGAGAGAAAUAGGAUAAAACUAAAAUGAGAGAGAGAUUUUGGGAAUUAAGUGGAUCAAAAAUGGGAAAGGUAAUGAACUUAGAUAGAAAAAAAGAAAUGGAUCCAGACAGACAUCUAUUGAAUGAGGAUGGAGAUUAUGAUUUCAAAGCAUCUUCUAGAUAUUAAACAGCCCUUUAAAGAGUUACUUAAGGACAAAGUGAUUUUGCUAGAAAUAAAACAAUCAAAGAACAAAGAGAAUACUUACCAGUAUUUCACUGUAGAUCUGAAUUAGUUCAGUUAUUACACGAUAACAGAGUUUGUAUUAUUGUAGGAGAAACUGGAUCAGGUAAAACUACUUAAUUGACAUAAUAUUUAUAUGAAGAAGGUUAUACUAAUACUGGUGUUAUCGGAUGUACUUAACCAAGGAGAGUGGCAGCAGUAUCAGUGGCUAAAAGAGUAGCUGAAGAAAUGGGUGUUGAAUUAGGUAGUAAGGUAGGAUAUGCCAUUCGUUUUGAAGAUUAUACUAGUAAAGAUACUGUUAUCAAAUAUAUGACAGAUGGUGUCUUAUUAAGAGAAUCUUUGUAAGAUCCUGAUCUUGAGAAAUAUUCUGCUGUGAUUAUGGAUGAAGCACAUGAAAGAUCAUUGAAUACUGAUGUUCUAUUUGGAAUUCUUAAGAAAGUGGCAUAAAGGAGAAGAGACAUUAGAAUUGUUAUCACAUCUGCAACAAUGAAUGCUAAGAAAUUCAGCGAUUUCUUUGGAGGAGUGCCCAUCUAUAAAAUACCUGGUAGAACUUUUCCAGUUGAUGUCAGAUUCGAAAAAGCACCUGCCUAAGAUUAUGUGAGAAGUGCAAUCAAAAAAACUAUUGAAGUUCAUAUUCAAUAACCUCCUGGAGAUGUUUUAAUAUUUAUGACAGGACAAGAAGAUAUUGAAACUACUUGUUAUUUAUUAGCUGAGGAGCUCAACAAAUUAAGUGAAGCUACUCCUCCCCUUUUAAUUUUACCAAUAUAUUCAUAAUUAAGAUCUGAAGAGUAGGCAAGGAUCUUUGAAAAAAGUGAAUUUAGAAAAUGUAUUGUGGCAACUAAUAUAGCAGAGACAUCUCUAACUUUGGAUGGUGUAAAAUAUGUGAUUGAUACUGGAUAUUGUAAAAUGAAAGUGUAUAAUCCCAGAAUUGGUAUGGAUGCAUUAUAGGUAACUCCAAUAUCAUAGGCUAAUGCAGAUUAAAGAAAGGGUAGAGCUGGACGUACUGGACCUGGUAUUUGUUUUAGAUUGUAUUCCUCAUUAAAUUAUAGAUAAGAUAUGUUGGAAAAUAAUAUUCCUGAAAUACAAAGAACUAAUUUAGCUAAUGUUGUGUUAUUAUUGAAAUCAUUAAAUAUUAAUAAUCUUUUAGAUUUUGAUUUUAUGGAUCCUCCUCCUUAAGAUACAAUUUUAAAUGCUAUGUAUCAAUUGUGGGUGUUGGGAGCGUUGGAUAAUGUUGGUGAACUAACAGAACUUGGUAGAAAAAUGAGUGAAUUUCCAUUGGAUCCACCAUUGUCAAAAAUGUUAAUCAAAGGAGAUUAAUUGGGAUGCACUGAAGAAAUCCUAACUGUAGUUAGUAUGUUGAGUGUUCCAGGCAUAUUUUAUAGACCUAAAGAUAGAGAAGCAGAAAGUGAUGCUGCUAGAGAGAAGUUGUUUGUUGGAGAAAGUGAUCAUUUAACUAUGUUAAAUGUAUUUGAGUAAUGGAAAAGACACGAAUUUUCACCUGAAUGGUGUAAUGAACAUUUUGUUUAAGCAAAGAGUAUGAGAAAAGUAAGAGAGGUUAGAGCUUAAUUAAAGGAUAUUGCAGGUAAAUUAGGAUUAAAAAUGAGUACUUGUAAUUUCUCAUAUGAUGUUGUAAGAAAGGCUAUUUGCUCAGCAUAUUUUUAGAAUGCUGCCAAAAUUAAAGGUGUUGGAGAUUAUAUAAAUUUACGUACAGGUAUGCCAUGUAAACUACAUCCUUCAAGUGCUUUAUAUUCUCUAGGUUAUGCUCCUGAUUAUGUUGUUUAUCACGAAUUGGUUAUGACAUCUAAAGAAUACAUGCAUUGUGUGAGUGCUGUUGAUCCUCAAUGGCUAGCUGAGAUGGGUCCCAUGUUUUUUAGUAUCAAAGAAGAUGGUGAGACUAGAGCUUCUCGUAUUGAGAGUGAAAAAAAGAGUAAGAGAGAAAUAGAGUUGUCCAUUGAAAAAGCUAAGAGAGAACAUGAAAUGAAGAGUGAAGAGUGUUUGAGAAGGAGAGAGAAAGAGGAUAGAGAGAGGAGAUUAAUUAGCGAAAGAACAGCCACUCUGGGAUAAAGACCUAGUAGAAUGCAAACACCAUUAAGGUAAUAAACAUCAUCAGUGGCAGCCACUCCUUUAAGAAGUGAAUGUGAAUCUGUCAUCUCUGGAAUGACAAGCAUAUAAGCUAAAUAAAUGAGAAUGGCAUAUUAUGAGGAUGAGGAGGAAUAAGAUGUUGGUAGGAACAAAAUACCAAAAUUAGAAUGA